GGGAUUGGUUGAUUGCUAAUUGGUUAACAGCGAAACUUGGCUUUUGCUUUGUAUUCCGCUGUUCUCCUGUAGCAUCUUGAAGCAAAAUGGCAGGUAAGAAUGUGUUGAUUGUUUAUGCACACCAAAGUGCUGGGUCUUUCAAUGCUGCUGCCAAAGAUGCUUCAGUGGAGCAGCUUACUGCAGAGGGCUGUAAUGUCGUGGUGUCUGACCUGUACGCCAUGAAGUUUAAGGCCGCUGCAACGGAGGAGGACGUCACAGGUGAGGUGAAGAAUUCCAAGCACUUCAAGUAUGGAGAGGAAACCAUGGUGGCAUGGAAGGAAAGCCGCCUGAGUGCUGAUAUUGUGGAAGAGCAUAAGAAAGUGACUGAGGCUGAUCUUAUAAUUUUCCAGUUCCCCAUGUACUGGUUUUCUGUGCCAGCCAUCAUGAAGGGAUGGAUUGAUCGCGUUCUCACACAAGGUUUUGCCUUCACAUCUGAGAAGCGGUACAGUCAAGGACUUUUCAAGGAGAAGCGGGCCAUGCUGUCUUUCACCACUGGCUCCAAUGAGGCCAUGUUCAGCUCCAAUGGCAUCAAUGGAGACAUGAAUGUCCCACUGUGGCCUUUACAGAAUGGCAUUCUCUACUACUGUGGCUUCCAGGUCCUGGCACCACAGAUCUUCUGGGCUCCGCCACACAUCCCAUCCGAUGCCCGCGACACCAUGCUGGAGGGUUGGCGCCAGCGUCUCCGGGGUCUCCUCAGUGAGACUCCGCUGACCUUUGCCCCCGCGGACAGCUUUGACACUGGAAGUGGCUUCCAACUGAAGAAGGAAGUGAAGGAGCAGCAGGCUAAAGCUCCGUUCGGCCUCACUGUGGGUCACCAUCUAGGCAAGCCGCUCCCUCCCAACAACCAGAUCAAAGCUGGUGUGUGAAGUCUUGGCUCCGCGUGAAGCCAUGUUGCCUCUGUUUCUCAAAUAAAAGGAGUUUUUGAACCGA